UUCGGAUCAGUCCGUUUUGUGUGUGUUGUAGCUACGGAUAAGAGAUUGUUACUUUGAAGUAAUUAUAUGCACUAUGAAGUGUGAAAAAUUAACGAUUUAUCAUUACAUGAACGAAUAGAAUUUUGUUUUACUCAAACAUUUUUUCAAAACGUUUGAACAAUGCAGAAAAGUUUACUUCGGUGAUCAGUGUGAUAAGUUAUGAGCUGAUUGUAAUGAACGAGACAUAAACAAGGACAUUAUAGUGUUGAAUAAAAUUGUGUUAUAAUUCAAAAUGACCUCUCCUGGCUCAUCGAAUGCUCGACUUGCAAUGCAUUCGUCAAUAACUAGUCAGGUAGGUCCCGAAUUUGCAAUGGCAGCUAAUGUGUCGCCUCCUCAAAAUUUCGCUGUGCAUGCGUCCGCGCAUGGUGCUGGAAAUUGCACUGAUUCCUCGUCGGAUUCUCGAUCACCAGAAAUGCCAUUAGCGAAGGCGAGCGACCGGGAAUCACGCAUUAUAGCAGAAAAACACCGCAGAAGUCAAUAUAAAGCAGAAAUUGAAUCCAUUCAUUCUCUUCUAAAUGAUAUCAUACCUACACAAAGAAAAUUAGACAAAACAAGUAUUCUAAGACUAGCAGCUGACAAGCUUCGAAAUGAACAUGUUUUUGGGGACACUAUUAAAUGUGAUCACCUAGAAACAUGGUCUUCAGCGGUUCUGAAGUAUUUCGAUCUCUUUGGUGGCUUUAUGAUUGCUGUAACUUGCCGUGGUCGAAUUUUUAUAGUUUCUCCGAAUAUUCAAGAGAAACUGGGAUAUUGUGAUAUAGACUUGUUAGGACAAGACAUUUACAAGUAUGUGCACAAUGAGGACAAGGAUAUUUUAAGAUUCCACAUUUACCCUCCAGAACUGCAAUCAGGGUUUGAUGAUAAUUUACUGAAACAGCAUCACAAUUUUAAAAUUCGUUUCUUGAGAGCAGGAGCCAAGUCUGACCUGCCAAGAUAUGAACAGUGCCAUAUUAAUGGUACACAUAGACGUUCAGACAAAGCAACAGCUAAUGGAGUUCAAGAUAAACAAAUAAUUAGAAGGCAGAGAGUUAGGCAUAAUCGCACAUUUUCCUCCAGCGGAAAUGACUUUGUUUUUAUUGGAAUGGUACAUGUACUUUCCAAUGUAAGGCCAGUGUGUUUGGUAUCACCUACUGCAUAUUCAGAGUAUAAGACCAGGCAUUUGAUUGAUGGUCGUAUUGUGGAAUGUGACCAAAGUAUAUCCCUUGCUGCCGGUUACAUGACAGAAGAGGUAACUGGCACAUCUGCUUUUAUAUUUAUGCAUAAAGAUGAUGUGCGUUGGGUAAUAUGUGUCCUGCGACAAAUGUAUGAUCAAAGCAGAGAAUACGGCGAGUCCUAUUAUAGACUGAUGACUCGUUCAGGUCACUUCAUUUAUAUGAGAACACGUGGAUUUUUAGAAAUAGAUCCAAAUACUAAAAAGGUGCAAAGUUUUGUUUGUAUCAAUAGAGUCAUCAGUCAAGAAUAUGGACGGAAGAUGAUGGAGGAAAUGAAGAGAAAAUAUUCUGUUAUUGUUGAUAUGGAGAAUCAAAGCGAGAGAGUGUCAUGUGUUGAUGAGGCUCCCGUGGAGCACCCAAAGCACUUGGAGCGCAUUGUGAUGCAUCUAGUAGAGCCCCCGGCCAAUGAGAAUAUUGAUGAAUUAAAAUUAGUCCCACCUUCGAAAGAAAACAUCAUAUCUGCUAUUAAAAAUAGUGAAAAGGUCGUCCAAGAGACUGGUAUAAGGUUUGAUACAAGAAAAAGAAAAAAAUCUGACCCUGAUGAUUUGGAAGUACUGAAAAGACACAGUUAAUUUUAUUGUGAAAAGUUUGUAAUAGGUUUAUGUAAUAUGUGUACCUUAAACUAUAUGAAAUAGGAAAGACAAUAGGUGUUUCAUGUUGUGUUCUGAUAUGUGUCCUUUUUUGAACUAUGUGUAUCGGCAAAUACAAAGUAUGUGCUGCACAUUAUAAUUGUUUUCUACAAAAUUCAUGCAAAAACAUGUCACAGUUUUUUGAAAGUGUAUGAAAGGGAUGGCAAUUUAUUUUUGCAUGAAUCCUUUAGACCAACAGUUAUAUUAUAUGUACUCUAAUCUAAUUCUAGUUAAGUAACACAUUUUAUAAGGUGUUUAAAAAAUUAUUAAAUGUAUGUGCAAUUCUCAGCAAUUAUUUAAUGUGGUGUUAUUCCCUAGCACAUAUGAGGGUCCAUUUUUCUAAUUCAACUUUGUAUUGUACAUUUUAUAGCAACGCAUAUGCCAUAAAAUGUAUUCACCACCUUAUCCAUCCUUUAAUGAAUAUAAUUAUGAGGAUGUGUAGUGUUUCUUUGCCAGAUAAUGGAAUGUAAGUCUGAAAACUGUGGUAUUUUCUUUUUAAAUUUACAUACUGACUUAAAGAGUAUUUUUCUACUGUAGAUUGUGAAAAAUAAAUUCACAUUAAAAGUGACCAGUUGCGAAGUUAUCAAAUGUUUUUCUAAGUCAGAUAUAUUCAGGGGUUAUUAGUAAAUUGCUAGCAGUCAGACUCGUGUUAUUACCUUAUUUUUUUGCUUGUAACUGGUUUGUUGCCUAAGGGCUUUUGCAAUUGAUUGGUGGAAUUAAUUAAAUAC